AUGCGGCUACUGUGUGCCUCCAAUGGACUCCGAUCCAGGCAAAGGCCACUAGUUUCCGCGAUCCGGUGCCAACAACGCGGUUACACAGCUGCCGUGAUAGGCGCCGGUAUCACUGGCUUGACGGCCGCCUGGCAGCUAGCUCAAGACCCUCAAUGCUCCAAAAUCACGUUAUAUGAGAAGUCGUCUCGUCUUGGUGGCUGGCUGCAGUCUGAAACGAUCCCAGUCGACGGCGGAGAAGUGGUCUUUGAGUAUGGGCCUCGCACUCUGAGAAGUGCAAUGCCGGCAUCGUUGCCAUUGCUGUACUUGGUCUCCAAUUUAGGUCUCUUUGACGAACUCAUCACCACCUCCAGGCGAAGUCCCGCAGCGCUAAAUCGAUAUAUCUACUAUCCCGAUCACCUAGUCCGUCUACCCUCGCCCGAUCCCAGUCUGUCGUUCAUCCAGAAUGUUCAAAACAUGGCCAAGGCCCUUAUGGAUGAGCCCCUAUUCGAAGGAUUGGUACCCGCUAUUCUCUUCGAGGGCACCAAACCCUCGCGCCCACCAGACCUAUGGGAUAAAGACGAGUCUAUCGCCCAGUUCAUUACUCGGCGCUUCAACCAUAAGGUCGCGGAUAAUUUGGUGUCAGCAGUGAUGCACGGCAUCUAUGCCGGUGACAUUGAUCAAAUGAGCGCGCAGAUGAUUCUAGGCGGCAUACGCAACCUGGAAGAUGGUGGCGUCUUGUACAACCUAGUGAUGAACUCGUUAUUGGGGAAGAAGACGAGAUCGAUGGAUGACUUUUUGGCCGUGAAUGCAAUUACCAAAACGCCUGAAUCUGUGAAUCGCACCGAAGACAUCUUCAGGGUGAUUAAAAAGGCUAGCACUUUUACCUUUAAGCGUGGAACUCAGCAGCUUGUUGAGGGCCUGAUUGACUCGUUGAGGGCAUCUAAAAAGGUUAACAUGGUACUCAACUCAAAUAUCACCUCCAUGGAUCCGCCAGAUAACCCUGGCCAUCCGAUAAAGGUAAAUUUCCACACUCGCCUGGCUGUUACUACAUCUGAGCAUCUCGCUGACCCCCUUCAGAUCUAUACCGGGACAAAUGGCGUCCAAUCCCACGAUCAUGUAAUCUCUGCAGUCUCUGCGCCUGCGCUAUCCAACAUUCUGGACCCCAAGGCUCGCUUCAAAAUAUCCGAAGUUCGGGACCCCGAGCGGGGAAGACUGGCAUAUGACCUGCAAGUGCAGAGCCGCUCUAAACCCGUCACGGAAACUCUUAAAAGACUACAACUGCACUGCGGCGCGACAACCGUGAUGGUAGUCAACCUAUACUACCAAAACCCCAAUCUCCUCCCAGUGGAGGGCUUCGGCUACUUGAUCCCCCGCUCCGUUCCCUACGAACAAAAUCCCGAGUGUGGUCUAGGAGUGAUCUUCGCCUCAGCAUCCAGCGUUGGCGAAAGCCCCGUCGCUCCCUAUCCAACCGUCUCCCAAGAUUCCGCCCCUGGUACCAAGAUCACAAUCAUGUUCGGCGGUCACUACUGGGACGGAUGGAAGAAGGAAGAUUAUCCAGACCACAAGACUGCCGUGCGCAUGGCGCGGAGCAUGCUCAAAAGACACAUCGGCAUCACUGACGCCCCGACAGUCGUGCGGACCCGGUUGCAGGAAAACGCCAUCCCGCAGUAUAAACCGGGCCACCUGAACAGUAUGUACCAGUUGUCCCAUGCGGCCAAGAAUGAUUACUAUGGCCGGCUAGUUUUGGCUGGGAACUCGUUUAAUGGCGUGGGCGUGGGUGAUUGUGUGAGACAGGGUAUUCUUGCGGCUACUUAUGGCGUUGGGCGACAUGCGCUACGCGCUGGCCCUGGACUUUGGUGUCCGUGGAAGGAGUUUGAUUUCCGGAAUUGGGAUUUGAGAGGUGGUAUUACUACUGCGCCGGUGCGACUUUUUGAGUCGAAAGCUUAA